GCGAUGGCAUGCUACAAUGCACAUCAAUCUGCUCUAGGACAAAGAUAUGACCUCGUACAGGUAUCCCACUCGUCAGCUCGGUCGCAAUGGCCCACUCGUCAGCGCCAUCGCUCUAGGAGUGCUUUCUUCAGCUGGAGUCUAUGGAACGAGCGAUGAAACCAACAUCAUGGCCGUUCUGUCUGCCGCGGCAGAUAGAGGGCUCACGUUUUGGGACACCGCGGACAUCUACGGAACGACUGAGCGCAGCAUUGGCGCUUGGUUUGCGAAUACGGGACGAAGGUCCGAGAUCUUCCUGUCGACAAAGUUCGGCGCUGUAAUGCCUGCAGACCUGGGCGAGAAAUCACCUACAAGCACCCCAUCGUACAUCAGGCAACGACUUCAGAAUUCGUUGAAGGAGCUACAAACGGACUACAUUGACCUUUUGUAUCAGCACCGCGUCGACCCCAAAGUCCCAGUUGAAGUCAUAAUGGAAACUCUUCGUCCUUACGUGGAAAGCGGGACGGUCAGAUACAUAGGCUUCAGUGAAUGCAGCAUCGACCAUCUCCGACGAGCCAAAGCUGUUCCCGGUAUUGGCGAGAAGGUGAUAGCCUGCCAGAUAGAGUUCAGCCCCUUCGAGCGCGGUAUCGAGACGUCGGGUUUCGCAUCAGCGGCACGUGAAGCUGGCAUAGGCAUUACAGCCUACUCCGCACUUGGCAGAGGGCUGGCCACUGGCUGCUACUCAUCCCACGGCGACUUUGGAGAGGGCGACAUUCGCGGAUUCUUCAUGCCACGGUUGUCUGCGGAGAACAUCGCGAAGAAUCUGACCCUUGUGGAGGAUUUCCGGCAAGUGGCGAACAAGUACGGCGCGACCCCUGGGCAAGUAGCACUGGCAUGGCUGCUGGCUGAGCAUCUCGACUUUAUCCCCGUCAUCUCGACCAAGAGCGUUGAGCAUCUCGAGGAGAACGCCAAAGCCGCAGAGCUUGUCUUGUCCCCAGAAGACGUAAAGCAACUUCGUGUUGUUGUCGAGACAACUCCUAUGCACGGCACUCGCUAUCCCGACUUCUACCUCAAGACGCUUGGCAUUGACAGCGCACCUCUGAGCGAGUGGAAGGGAGAGUAAGCUGCCAUCAGCGCAGCGGGUCAAGUGGGGCCCACAAGAAGCACCGAUAUCGACUACCGCGUACUGUACAGAAGCUGCACCCGAUCAUGACCGUGACUCGGAUCUCAUUGCUGUCUUCUUUGUACUACUAUGGACAGUCGCACAUCAUUGGUGGAUCAUACGUGGCUGCUUACGCUGAAUCUGUGUAAAGCCGGUCUAAGUUUGUCAAUUCGUACGGAAGGUGCUCGUGCA